AUGUACAACAGAACAUAUAUUGUCAAAUGUGCAUUAGGAUUUCAACUUACAAAAGAUAAUGGUAAUACUCAAGAUGAUAGUUUUGCUCGUCUCAUGGUUUUACAUGUCUUUGGUUUGGAUAUACGUGAUGUUGUUGAAGUACUACAACAACAGAAUGAAAUUUGUUUUACUAAUACACGUAUUAAUAAAUCAUUAAUUAUAACACUUUUACGCAUUGACCAAGAAAAUACAAAUGAAAAUGAUCAACACAUCACCACAACAGCCGAAUGGACAAUCGACUGCGAUGUGGCCACCAUUUAUGCAUUACAAACAUUUAAUUUGGCCUUAGUCGAUUUAAAAAAAUAUUUUUCUUAUGAAGAAGAUUUAUUAGAAGUUAUAGAAAAUGAUAUUAAUGAAAACGAACCAUUUAUAUUACUUGAUAGUUUGUCGAAUACAAUAGAUGAUCAAACAUUUUCAAAUGAAAAGGUAUGA